AUGUCUAACGUCUUUUUCCCAUUCUCCAAGGCGCCUUUGCGCACGGUGAAGGAGAUUCAGUUUGGUCUCUUUUCGCCUGAGGAUAUCAAGCGGAUGAGUGUCGUUCACGUCGAAUACCCAGAGACAAUGGAUGAGCAACGGCAGCGCCCUCGGACUAAAGGUGUUAAUGACCCACGCCUGGGUACGAUUGAUCGCCAGUACAACUGCGAGACUUGCGAGGAAGGCCCGAAAGAGUGUCCUGGACAUUUCGGUCACAUCGAGCUCGCAUCACCUGUCUUUCAUAUCGGUUUCUUGACAAAAAUUAAGAAGCUUUUGGAAACAGUCUGCCACAACUGUGGAAAAAUCAAAGCUAAUCAGUCCGAUUCCAAAUUCUUAGAAGCUCUUCGCAUGCGAGACCCCAAACGACGUUUCGACACCAUCUGGCGCCUUUCAAAGGAUGUGUUAAUUUGUGAGGCUGAUCCAUCACCAGAUGAUGAAGAAUACCAAAAGGAGGGCCAGAAGAAAAGCCUCCACGGUGGAUGCGGUAACGCCCAGCCUACUGUUCGGAAAGAAGGAAUUACCCUUGUUGGUACAUGGAAACCUAGCAAGAGUAUGAUGGAGGACGAGAUGGCACAGCCGGAGAAGAAGGUUAUCACUCCAGGCAUGGCUUUGAACAUCUUCCGAAACAUCUCCCACGAAGAGGUGCGCAUUAUGGGUCUCAGUAAUGACUACGCACGUCCAGAGUGGAUGAUUCUUACCGUUCUUCCCGUCCCACCUCCCACUGUUCGUCCCAGUGUUAUGAUGGGAGCUACCAGUGGCUCUCGUGGCGAGGACGAUUUGACUUAUAAGCUGGCUGAAAUCGUACGUGCGAACCAGAAUGUCCAGCGCUGUGAACAGGAAGGGGCGCCAGAACACGUCAUUCGUGAAUUCGAGUCCCUACUGCAAUACCACAUCGCUACAUAUAUGGACAACGACAUUGCUGGUCAGCCCAAGGCCAUGCAGAAAGGAAACCGACCUGUCAAGGCCCUGCGCAGUCGUCUCAAGGGUAAGGAAGGUCGUUUGCGUCAGAAUUUGAUGGGAAAGCGUGUCGACUUCUCGGCCCGUACCGUCAUUACUGGUGAUCCGAACUUGUCCCUCGAAGAAGUUGGUGUUCCAAUUUCGACAGCUAAGAUUUUAACCUACCCGGAGGUGGUAACUCCUUACAACAUUGAGAAGUUGCAGGCGUUGGUUUCCAAUGGACCUAAUAUUCACCCCGGUGCGCGUUAUAUUGUUCGAGACAAUGGUGAGCGUAUCGAUCUUCGCCAUGCCAAGCGUGCUGGUGCCCAACAACUGCUUUACGGCUGGAAGGUCGAACGCCACUUGGACAACGGUGAUGUUAUCUUGUUCAACCGUCAACCCUCCCUUCACAAGGAAUCUAUGAUGGGUCACCGUGUUCGUGUCAUGCCCUUCUCAACUUUCCGAAUGAAUUUGUCCGUCACAUCUCCUUACAACGCCGAUUUCGAUGGUGACGAGAUGAACUUGCACGUUCCCCAAAGCGAGGAGGCACGCGCUGAGCUUUCUGAGCUGGCCCUCGUCCCAAAGAACAUUGUGUCCCCCCAGCGCAAUGGACCUCUUAUGGGUAUUGUCCAGGACAGUCUUUGUGGUAUCUACAAGCUUUGUCGUCGUGACAUCUUCCUUUCCAAGGAUCAAGUUAUGAACGUCAUGCUCUGGGUUCCUGAAUGGGAUGGUGUUAUUCCUCCACCUGCAAUCCUCAAGCCUCGUCCUCGCUGGACCGGAAAGCAGAUGAUCAGUAUGGCUUUCCCUUCUGGUCUCAACCUUCUCCGUAUCGACAAGGAUAGCUCGCCACUCUCCGAGAAAUUUAGUCCUCUUAAUGAUGGUGGUCUGCUGAUCCAUGGCGGACAGUUGCUGUACGGCAUGCUUUCGAAGAAGACUGUUGGAGCCAGUGGUGGUGGUGUCAUCCAUACCAUUUUCAAUGAGUACGGAUGUGACCAGGCCGUGCACUUCUUCAACGGUGCUCAGAGAAUUGUCAAUUACUGGCUCCUUCAUCACGGUUUCAGUAUCGGUAUCGGUGAUACGAUCCCCGAUCGCCGUACCAUUGACAAGAUUGAGGAGGCUGUCCGCGAGCGCAAGAAUGAGGUCGAGCAGAUUACUGCCAGUGCCACAGAGAACACUCUGGAGGCCUUGCCUGGUAUGAACGUUCGUGAGACGUUCGAGAGUAAGGUUUCUCGUGCUCUUAACAACGCCCGUGAUGAAGCUGGUGCUGCUACUGAGCAGAGUUUGAAGGACUUGAACAAUGCUGUUCAGAUGGCUCGUUCAGGUUCCAAGGGUUCCACCAUCAACAUUUCCCAGAUGACUGCUGUUGUGGGACAACAAUCUGUGGAAGGCAAACGUAUUCCCUUUGGUUUCAAGUACCGUACCUUGCCUCACUUUACCAAGGAUGAUUACUCUCCCGAAUCCCGUGGUUUCGUCGAGAACUCUUACCUGCGUGGUUUGACACCAACUGAGUUCUUCUUCCACGCCAUGGCUGGUCGUGAAGGUUUGAUUGAUACUGCAGUCAAGACUGCCGAGACCGGUUACAUUCAACGUAAGCUAGUCAAGGCCUUGGAAGAGGUUAUGGUCAAGUAUGACGGCACCGUCCGUAAUUCCCUGGGUGAUAUCAUCCAAUUUAUCUACGGAGAAGAUGGUCUCGAUGGCGCGCACAUUGAAAACCAAAGGGUUGACAUCAUCCGAUGCUCAGACGAAAAACUUCGUGAUCGCUUCCGCGUCGAUGUCAUGGACCCUGAGCGUACUCUUGGCCCUGACGUUUUGGAGCAAGCUAACGAAAUCGCGGGUGAUAUGGAGGUUCAGAAGUACUUUGAUGAAGAAUGGGAGGCAAUCCUCAAGGAUCGCGCUUUCCUUCGCACCGUUGCGAAGGAAGACGAAGAAAUGAUGCAGCUUCCUAUAAACAUCCAGAGAAUUCUUGAAAUGGCGAGAACUACCUUCCGCAUCCGCGAGGGGACUAUCAGCGAUCUGCACCCUGCUGAGGUUAUUCCUCAAGUCCAGGCCCUUUUGGAUCGACUGUUGAUUGUCCGUGGAGAUGAUCCCAUCUCGCGCGAGGCUCAAGAUAAUGCGACAUUGCUCUUUAAGGCUCAGUUGCGCAGUCGUCUGGCUUUCCGACGACUUGUUACCGACUACUCUCUCAACAAGCUGGCCUUCCAGCACGUUAUCGGUGCCAUUGAGAUGCGUUUCGCUCGUGCCGGAGCUAACCCUGGUGAAAUGGUCGGUGUUCUUGCAGCUCAGUCUAUUGGUGAGCCUGCCACUCAGAUGACAUUGAACACCUUCCACUUUGCUGGUGUUUCAUCCAAGAACGUCACUCUCGGUGUGCCUCGUCUCAAGGAAAUUCUGAACGUGGCUACCAACAUCAAGACUCCUUCCAUGACGGUGUACCAGGAAUCUCACCAGACUUUGAACAAGGAAGGAGCUAAGCAGCUGCGAAGCGUUGUCGAGCACACCAGCUUGCGAUCUGUCACGGAGGCAACCGAGAUUUACUAUGAUCCGGAAAUCCAAUCUACUGUCAUUGAGAACGAUCGAGACAUGGUCGAGUCAUACUUCAUCAUCCCUGAGGAUGUCGGCGAGGAUCCUGCUCACCAGUCCAAGUGGCUUCUGCGUAUCAUUCUCAGUCGGCCUAAGCUUCUCGAUAAAGGUCUUACUGUGCAAGAAGUUGCCUCCAAGAUCAAGCAGGCGUACCCUCGGGAUAUUGCUGUUAUCUUCAGUGAUAACAACGCUGAUGAGCAAGUCAUUCGUAUCCGUCAAAUCCAGGAUCACAAGGAUGAUGAAGAUGACGAUGUUGAGUACGAUGUGACCUUGAAGAAGCUUGAGCAGCACCUUCUCGAUACUUUGACCUUGCGUGGUGUUCCCGGCGUAGAACGUGCGUUCAUCAAUGAGAAGACCAUUGUUCGAGUCCUCGAGGAUGGUACUUUGUUCACAAGCAAGUCAGAUCCCCUCUGCAAGGAGUGGGUUCUUGAGACCAGUGGCUCCGCUCUUGCACCUGUUCUUGCGAUCCCCGGUGUUGAUGCUACGCGUACCUACUCUAACCAGUUCAUUGAGAUUUUCGAAGUCUUCGGUAUCGAGGCCGCUCGUACUGCUCUCCUUCGCGAAUUGACUCAGGUGUUGGCUUUUGACGGUUCCUAUGUCAAUCAUCGUCACUUGGCCCUCUUAGUUGAUGUUAUGACUGUCCGUGGUUAUCUGACCCCCGUUACUCGUCACGGUAUUAACCGUGCCGAUAACGGUGCACUGAUGCGCUGUUCCUUCGAAGAGACUGUCGAGAUUCUUCUGGAGGCCGCUGCCUUCGGAGAGCUUGAUGACUGCCGCGGUGUUUCAGAGAACCUGAUUCUUGGACAGAUGGCUCCCGCUGGAACGGGUGAGUUUGAUGUUUACCUGGAUCAGAACCUUCUGAAUACGGUUGUAUCCAACAAUGCUCGCUUUGGACUUAUGGGCGGUGUCGGUGCCAAGGAUGCCAUCAUCCCCGAUGGAGCUGCCACUCAGUACGACACUGGAUCACCCAUGGCCAGCUCUCCUUACUUAGCAGAUGGCGAUCCAGAUGCGAGCUUCUCGCCUAUUCGUCAACCUGGUGCCGAGACCCCCGGUGGCUUCAGCCAAUACAAGCCCAACGAUUAUGGAAUUGGUGGUUUCAGCCCUGGUGCACGCAGCCCCGGUGCCUACUCUCCCACUAGUCCCUUCAAUACCAGUCCCACAUCCCCCGGAUACUCCCCGACAUCGAGCUAUUCUCCCACGUCGCCUGCCAUGAGUAUGUCGAUGACUUCUCCUGGAUUCUCACCCGCCACGAGUCCGUCUUUCGCCCCGACUUCUCCUGCUUACUCUCCGACGUCACCGGCUUAUGGCCAGGCCUCUCCUACGUCGCCUUCAUACUCGCCAACUUCGCCUGGAUUUUCACCCACGUCUCCAAAUUAUAGCCCUACGUCUCCGAGUUUCAGUCCGGCCUCGCCAGCCUUUAGCCCGACCUCUCCUAGCUACAGCCCUACCAGCCCUGCGCUUGGUGGUGGUCGGCACCUAUCACCCACAUCUCCUACAUCUCCCAAGUACACUCCCACAUCUCCUGGCUGGUCUCCCACGAGUCCUCAGUCAUAUUCACCUACGUCUCCUAACUUUGGUGGAUCGCCGACGUCGCCUACUUCUCCCGGCUAUAGCCCUACUUCCCCAGCUUACAGCCCUACGUCUCCGCGCCAGUGA